AUGUUUCGAAGAGGCGGGCGAGCCACUGAUGACAGUGGAAGUUAUGGCUCGAACAUUUUAAACAGCAAAACACAUCAAUAUUGGCGGAGUUCGAAUAAGCAUGUCUCAGCUACGGCGCCAGAGCUCAUUCAUGAGCACAGUCUCAGCUGCGGCGCCGGAGCUCUGGCCAUAGAUGUUUUGCGCCAAUUCCGCAGCACGCACACAAUUGCGCAGCACCCAUGCCGCACACAAUUGCGCAGCGCUGCCCACUCCCACAGCCUUAGGACAAUACACAGAUACUCCCCACACAACACUGCUGUGGUGAUGUGA